GCUGGCGUCGACUGUCGAUCAGCUGGGACCGCCGGAGCGAGCCGCAAUCACGAUUUGGCGAUGCGCGCGUGUUUGUCGGUAAACAAUACAUGAUCCUAUGACAACGCUCAGUUAACAAACUAGAGAGGCUACUCGGUAAAGCUCUUUUGCGGGAGUCACGUGAAUCGCCGGACGCGCCCUUUUGAAGCGGCAGGCAACAAGGCCGACGAGAUGCGUUACUGUCCUCCAAACGUGACCCUGAGCGAUGUGUGGACCCGCGAGGGUCUCUCCCAGUGCUUCCUCGACACUGUGGGUCCACCCAUCCUUCUAUUCAUCAUACUCCUGGGUGGGGGCAUCCAGUGGGCAGUGUACCACAAGUAUGCGACGCGCCUCGACACUAGGCUACUACAUCGCAGAGGCUGCUACAAGUUCCACACGUCGCUCAUGAUGGCGCUGGCUACAUCGUGCCUGGUGCGUCUGGCCGUGGUUUCGGGCAUUGGGGGUGCUCCAGUCGAGGGCCACCAGCUGGUCUGGGCCCUGUGCAUGACACCGGCCUGGCUGCUGUCAGUGCUGGUGACGCGACUGGAGCGCCACUGCCUGCCCAGCACACCCACGCAUGGGCAUGGCUUGCCGCUGCUCCUCUUUUGGGCCAUGAGUGUCAUCCAUGAGGCCCUGGCUUUCCUUGGGCUGCACAACACCACCUGGUGGUUCCAGGUCCACACGCGCAAGGACAUAGCUGACGUGGCCUUCUUUGCGGCACGCUUCGUCCUCUCCCUGUUGGUGUUUGGCAUUGGCCUCAAGGGUCCCUCAGUGCCAAGUGCCCAAGACUACUUCCUCUACUCGAGGGGCCACAUUCAGGAGACGCAGCCGCUCCUGGACGAAGAAGGCGGCAGCCGUAGCCCAUUCCGGGGCUUCAAGAACAAAGUGCGUCUGCUGCUGCCCUUCCUGUGGCCCCAGCGCAGCCGUUGGCUGCAGUUUGUGGUACUCUUCUGUGUUUUGCUGCUUGUGUCGGGCCGAGUCGUCAACCUCUUCAUCCCCAUGCUCAACCGCCAAGUUGUUAACGCCCUGGCAGCACAAGGCACAAUCAUCUUCCCAUGGCAGGACAUCCUGCUCUAUGUGUUCCUGUGGUGCCUACAAGGGCAGGGUGGCAGCAGCAUCCUGUCAAACCUGCGCUCCUAUCUGUGGAUCUCGGUGCAGCAGUUCACGGUGAAGGAGAUCGAAGUUGAACUUUACUCCCAUCUUCACCACCUGUCCAUGAACUGGCACCUGAGCCGCAAAACUGGUGAAGUGCUCAAGAUUCUCGACAGAGGGACCAGCAGCGUCACGUCUCUCCUCAGCUAUAUUCUGUUCAACAUCCUCCCUGCCGUGGCUGACAUUGUGGUCGCCGUCGUCUACUUCACCGUUUCUUUCAACGCCUGGUUUGGUCUGAUUGUCUUCAUCACGAUGGCCUUAUAUCUAGCAAUGACCAUUGGCAUUACUGAGUGGAGAACCAAGUUUCGGCGCGAGAUGAAUCAGCUUGACAACGCAGCCCAAGCCAGAGGAGUGGAUGCACUGCUGAAUUUUGAAACAGUUAAAUACUACAAUGCUGAGGAGUAUGAAGUAGCUGGCUACAAAGAAUGCAUCGAAAGGUAUCAGGUUGCUGAGUGGCGGAGCAAUGCGUCCCUGAACCUGCUCAACAUCUGCCAGACGGUCACCAUUGCGCUGGGUGUAGCCGCAGGUGCAUUGCUCUGCGCGCACAUGGUUGCCGACCACGAGUCGAACUUAAAGGUGGGCGACUAUGUGCUCUUCCUCACGUACAUCAUGCAGCUGUACACGCCACUCAACUUCCUGGGCACCUACUACAGAAUGAUUCAGCGUUCUUUCAUUGACAUGGAGAACAUGUUUGAGCUUCUUGACACUAAGCCGGAAGUGAUAGAUGCUGUGAACGCACCAAGUUUGAAGCUGAAGGAGGGCGAGAUUCGGUUCAACAAUGUCUUCUUUUCGUACAACCCCGAGCGGCCCAUACUUAAGAAUGUCAGCUUUGUGGUUCCGGCAGGUCGUACCGUUGCCCUUGUAGGUCCAUCGGGAGCGGGUAAAAGCACCAUCGUGCGGCUGCUGUUCCGGCUGUAUGACAUCCAGAGUGGUAGCAUCACCAUUGAUGACCAGGACAUCAGCAGGGUGAAGCAGAAGUCCUUGCGCCAGGUGAUUGGUGUUGUUCCUCAGGACACUGUACUGUUCAACAAUGACAUCAGGUACAACAUCAGGUAUGGGAGAGUUGAUGCCACCGACGAGGAAGUUGAAGAUGCCGCCCGUGCUGCCGAGCUUCAUGAGCAGAUCCUGGGCUUCCCCAAUGGCUACGACACGGUUGUUGGCGAGAGGGGGCUCAAGCUGUCGGGUGGAGAGAAGCAGCGUGUGGCGAUUGCCAGGUCCAUCCUCAAGGGGCCAGCCAUUAUGCUACUGGAUGAGGCAACGUCAGCGCUGGACACGCGGACUGAGCGCAACAUCCAGGCAUCACUGGAUCUGGUCUGCAGAAAUAGGACGACACUCAUUGUGGCACACAGGCUCUCAACUGUGGUUCAUGCCGACCAGAUUCUUGUGAUCCAGGAAGGGGAGAUUGUCGAAAGUGGCCAUCAUGACGAGCUUCUCGAAUAUGGCGGUAUAUAUGCCUCCAUGUGGGAGCAGCAACAGAAGGGCACUGGCAACACUGGCCCUUCUGAAACAUCAGACGAGGGCGUUCCUGAACUGUAGUCACCGCUCCUUCGGCUCUGUGACGGCGUGCCAGCCAACCUCCAGGCUCGCCCAACUAAGUCGCUUGUGUUUGCCCACUUCGUUUGUCGACCUCUAGGGUUGGAACAUUCGGUGAUUUUGUUUUCCCAUUGAACCUACAGUGCUGGCUGUAAGCCCAUAAGAAGCAGAGAUUUUUGAUUCUGCGCUGAAGUUUCUGUGGAGAAUGUAGUUGCAAUGCUAUGUGUGACAUUCACGUAUCUGCGCCAUCUAUUCCAAAAGGGCAUACGCCAUUUUAAUUUCCUUCAGUUUUUUUAUGCUGUUAGUUCCUCUUUUUGCUUGUUUCAUCAUUAGUUCCAAUGUCCAAAUGGAAUCUUUGCGUGCAGUCAGGCUGACGUUGCUGGAGCCAUUAUUAUUGAAAGUCUAUGUUAGUUAACCCUGAAAUUAUCCUUGGGGUGAGGCUAAAAGCAGACGACUGCUCCAGCACUCUGUCACUAAAAUGUGCUGCACUCAUCUGCAUCAUGCUUGUUUACUAGCAUACAAAAAUGCAAAUAUUUCCUCCAUUCUUGUUUCCUUCAUUUAAUUUCUAGAACAAAGUUUUAUUUGUAGUAUACGUAAUAACUACGCUUCAACGUGUUGUCACUUUUGAUGUGGCUGGGGCAGCUUCAGGAUGCAUAUCUUUGUUAACGUAACGUUAACUGAGAUCAGCAAACAGUCAAAAGCCCCCUUUUUAUUUUAUUAUUAGUUUUUUAUGUAUGUUAGCUUUUUUAGGGUGAACCUGAGUGUAGAGUGAAUGCGUGCACUUUGUGGGUGAACUGAAUAGUUGUGAUUUCACAGCACAUAUGGCUCAGUUAAAAGUUAAUGCACCAUACGUUUCACUUCACUUACUACUCCUUCGUCAGUGCUGAUGUUUUUUUGGGAAGGGACUUGUGUUGGCGGAAUUGGCGGUACUGUGCUCCACUUGUGCUUUUCACUGAGCACUUUUUAGGUGCAGGUUGGCAAAGGGUUAGUGUCCAUUAUAACCUCAUGUCUGUUUUCCUUUUUCUUUUUUUUUAUUUGAAAACAGUUGGGUAUGUUGGCUGCCUGCAAAUAGCAAGCAUGAAUAAUUGUAAAAAAAACAUUAAAACAUUGUCUUCUUCAACCUUUUGCCUUUCUAUGUCUAUGUAUGUCUGCCUCGCCAGUUUCCUUGGGGUGAUGUUGUGUAUACAUUGUCAGGCUUGUUUUCAAGCAGCGUCGAAUAAUUGCGAGUCGAAAAGCAAUUGCACUGAGUUGUUAUGUGUCGCUGACUUAUGUGUGAGAUUACGGGUUACGAGGUGCUCCAUGCAGAGUCCUCAGCAGUUGCGCACACAUGAUCGCUUUUAAUGUUACAUGGAGUUGCAGUAAAGUUUACUACUUCAAUCACAUUUGACAGUGUGACACUCGUACGUAGUGUGUAGGUAACCUUGUGAUAGCUGGAAACAUGAUCAGUGCCUUAUAGGCAUGUCUAAGCGCUCUUGUGAGAGCAGUGUGUCAUGGCCGAGCGUAGAAGACCAAUCUACUUUGUCUACUUGCCCCGUUACAGUCCACUUUUCAAUAUUCAUGUCCGUUAAACACGUUCAGUUAUCAAUUUUAGGUUCGCUUUAGUUUGAAUAGGCAUUUCAAAGGGUGUAGGUCCUUUCUGAUGGUCUUCUGAGGAACAACACCUAUUUGAAUGUAAGAUUGAAUAGUAUGUAUUAGAAAAGAAACAUGGUGGUAUGUGCAGGUUUCAGGCAUCUAGUCGUUAAAUGUGCUCAUGAAGUUUGCUCUUUGUAAACAUAACAACUAUCUGCUUGAGAAUGCUAGAUGUAACGAAGCUGAACUGGAGCCAUACUUUCGCUUAAAAGUCUCCAUGGCAGCCCGCGCCAAGGAACGCUUGACGCAUUGUACAAUGCAGUUUGGCCGCACGCAUUUUCCUUUAGUUGAAGGAGUUUCCAAGCAGCAUGGAAUGGCACUACUUUAAAAGCGUUUGUAAAAAGAGUUUACUUACUGAGAUUUAAAGGAUCUUUUUUUACCGAGACUUCUGCCAAUCGAGCAAGCUGAAUGAGCAACAAGGCACACCAUGUAUGCCACGCUGCACUUAUCACUUUCUGGUCUACUCUGAGAGCAGAUGAAACUCUCGCAUUGCUUGUGAAUUGGUCAUUCACUUUUCCUGUGUGUUAUCCAUGAUGUCCUAGACUAGCAAACGAGCCCAUGAGUGUCUUCACAACAAGCACACAGCAAAUGAAUAUGCCGGGCUGACCAUUGUACAGAUGUUAGAAAUGGCUUCAUUUCUUUAUACUCUCACUUUAGUUUUUUUCUUGCAAUGCACAAUAUGCAGAAUAGUCAAUUGGGCAUCUCCACACAUCUUGCUUGACCUAAGACAGCAAACAUCAGACUAGAAUAGUAAUUAGUGUCUCAAUGUGCAGCCUGGUGACAUCAUUCAAGUUAUAGUUAUCAAGUUAUAGAUUGCAUUGAAAGCCCACUUACUGAAUUUUGCGUACGGCCCAUUGCCACCCUUAAGCACACAUCUGGCUUUACUUUCGGAAUCGUGCUUUAAAUGUUACACAAGAAUUUGUGUUUUCCUUUAUUAUUUUGCGUUUCAGUAUGCAGGAUGCUUAACCAAAAACAAGUGAUUUUUGCCGAAAGUCAGUCUCUGUGUUUCACGGAGAAGGCAGAUGAGUAUGCUUGUAAGAGGCCGCAGGUCUGCAAGAAAGCAGGAGCAUGUCGAACUUGAAAGGAGGCUGAGUGCAGUGCAGCUUAUGAGCCCAAGCCGCUACAGCAGCUUGUGCACACAUGCGGUCUUUUAGUUAAAGGGGUACUGACAAAAAUUUCGCGGCCGAGAUAGCCUGCUGGAUCGAUUCCCGUGUACGUGCGUGUACCAUCUGCAAAAUAUUGACAGCGAAUAAAGCUUGGAAGGUAUUUUAUAUGAAUUUCGAAGUUCGCGAGCGCGGUCCAGCAUUAUAGGCCGCACCUGGUGCAUUGACACCCUCGGAGGUGACUCGAGGUGACCCGAGGUGACCCCCCUACUUCCCCUACGUAACCGUUGCAGCUGGUACAAGUUAUGAUGACGUCAUAGUCGCCACUUCUGUUUUGACGCGCUUGCCGACGAAUCGCUGCUUGCCAGCGGGUCAAACCUGAAGUGAUUCGCCGCGUCGAAAAUUCCUUCCAUCCCCGCCGCAAGAAAAUCGUCGCCAUCAGACGACGAUGAGCCCGGUGACGACAGACCGCGCGGAAAUGCGUCACUGUUCUGUGUGCUCACGUGACCGAGCGUUUCAAUCGCUAGGUGGUGAUAGUUGCACCCGGCGGCUUGUCGUUUUUGGAGCUCUGUCAAAACGAAACUCAGGCUGUGUCGGUAAUGAGGAGCUUGUAAUUAAUUAUCUGUCACGCGCUGCGGCAAAUGAUGUGCCGUGUUAUGACUAACAGGCCCCCAGCAACACAUUGCAGCAAAAAAACACGGCGCGAAAAUUUUUGUGUCAGGACUCCUUUAAGAGCAUCCUUCUUUUACUGUAGCUUGAUGGGCGAUUGAUCAUUUUGUUCCUGUCUCGAAGCUAACCACAUAUGCCAGGCUAGGCUGAAGGGUUCUAUAAUAAUCCCAUGUAUGUGGCUGCAUUGUCCAUAUUCAAUUUGCAAUGCAAUUGUAUAACUUAUAAUUGAGAGUGUCAUUUUGUUACUGUGGUGCAAUGGGCGAUUGACGCCUUUGUUUUGAGAUAUGACCAAACGAAGUAUUCAUCACAUUGUGCUGGACCGUUCUUCAGAAGGCCAUGACUGCUGUUGUGUUGGUCAUCUUUAGGUGGCAAAGCAGUUGAUGUAUUCCUUUAGUUUCCCAUUCAAUUUCUAAGCAAUGAAAAGUUGCCACUACGUCAUGUUUGUGGUCAUGUUAUGUUUGUUCAAGGGCUGUGUUAGCUGUCCUGUAUACACACUGCAUAUUUUACAUUUCCCUCUGAUUGUGGUAUUAUUACCUUUACAGGGCUGAAGCUUCACUCUUUACUGGAAUAUAUAGUUACAUCCUUUUGUUUCUCAGGUGGACUAUUGCUAUUGAUUGUGAGUUGGGAAAUAUCUUACAUUUGAAGGAGCAUUUGAAACAAUGCCAAUGCUGAUCUAUCAUUGUGUGGAGAGUGCUCGGACUUGCAGAUACAGUUUUAUUUGGAAGAACAAGGGAUGGUGUUCAACAUUAUAACUGCUAAUGUAUUCCACUUUCCUAAAGUACAGUAGAGGCUUGUUGCAUCGCUCUGUGCUGACACAUGGUAGCUUGGUCCUUAAUUAAUUUCAGUGAUAGGAAACGCAUUAUCUUCCUGAUUGUGUUCUUAAUUUCUAUGGUGUAAAGGUGAGCAUAGAGAUUAUAACCUUUUUCUUCCCCUUAUCUAAAGUUAGGUUACUUUAGAACUGCUGUGUCAUAACUUAUGGUGUCCCAAGCAAGCUUUAAUUAACAUGCCUGUUCCGGCAUGCCUAGGUUAAUUAGCUUUCAUUUCCUCGCUUAUUGAAAUGUGAUUGUGACACCUCAGUGCCUAGGAAAUGGAAUCAUAAACAUCUUUUUUUUUUUUGGCAGACAUGAUGUUAUUGCAUGUGAUGUUGUUACUUUUUCUUUUCUUCUUAUUCUUGAACAUCCACUAUUGUAACUGUCGAUACAGUGGUCUAUGUUAGGCUACUCAUGUGCUACUUGUGUAGGUCCAAGCAGUUUUGCUUGAUGAACCUUUCUUUCUUUUUUUCAUCCAUGGAGCAAGCAAAGAAGUUGCUUGUCUUAUGACCCGCUCUAGUAUGAGAUUGUGUAUGUAUGCAUCUGUGAAAUUUAGACAUUCGUGUUUUUGUUUUUUUCUUUUAGGUGGAAAACAGCACUAUGGAUGCAGACAAAGGUUUAGGCCCCAAGAAAAGGCAACACACUGUCAAUGUUGUUUUUCCUUUGUGCCUAAACCGUUGUCUGCAUCCAUGGCACAGUUUCCCACUAAAAAGUAACAAUGCAAAACUAACUAACCUUUGUUUACACCUUAAAUGACGUUCACUUGCAUGUGUGUGAUACAAUCUUUUUAGCAAGCGGGAAGCUCUGUAACCGUGUUGCACUGUUCUGUGAACACACUGACCUUGCAAUAGUGGCUUUUUUAUUACUAUUGUUGCUAGCAGUGCUUAGCAGAGUGUGUUAACAAAUGUCAUGGAUGUAUUAGUGCCACAUGCUCUACUGCACAGGGCGCAUUGUUAUUGCUGGUCAUUCCUAAAGGACUGAGUUCGAACAUAAUAUGGUGCCCAUGAUGAACCCAUACAGUUUUGCGUAAAGGCAAGAAGGAAGGACACGCAUGUUAUUGCACCCAACCACGAAGGAAGCACGGAAAAGAAAGUGGCACUUUGUAGGUGUGACUAGUGCACAAUUUGUUCUUCACAUUGGGGCUCCUCAGAGUGUUCUGGUAAUAAACAUGGAUU